AUGCCUAGCAGAACCGCGUUUCACGGCGUGCAGUCUGCCAGUGAACUCGUAGACAUGUCGACGGUCCAAACAAUCACUCAAUCCGCUGUGGGAUCUGCUCCUGCCAAAUUGACUGUUCUCCCGUCGGCAGAGGACAAUAAGACGGAGGAGCGCGAAGAAUAUCGCUACGCGCACCUUCUUCCGGUAUUUCCCCAGGACGAACACUACCGCCCUCUGACUCCGUUCGAUCAUGGCGAUCCCGCCUCUCGCGCGUUGUCUCACCCGAACCCCCGGGCUUUUCUCGAUAACGCCACUAGCGUGGUUCAGCUGACUCCCCAUCUGGGUGAGGUUGUUACCGGAGUCAACCUUGCCACCCUCGAUAACGAGGGAAGAGACCAGGUGGCGCUGGAGGUUGCCAAGCGGGGUGUGGUAGCUUUCAGGGACCAGCAGGACUUUAUUGACCGCGGUCCCGACUUCUAUCUCGAGUGGGGCAGAUACUUCGGACGCCUGCACAUCCAUCCCACAUCUGGCCAUCCGGUGAACUACCCGGAGCUCCACCUCGUUUACCGUGAUGAGAACUCCACCUUCAACUUUGAGCGUAGCAACAGCAUCAGCUCCACGGGGUGGCACUCGGACGUCUCCUACGAGCUCCAGCCACCCGGCCUGACCGCCCUCUUCCUCUUCUCGCAGCCCUCUACAGGCGGUGACACCUCCUUCACGUCGCAGGUCGCCGCCUUGAAGAAGCUCUCCCCACAGUUCGUGGCGUUCCUGAAGACGCUCAAGGCCGUCCAUUCGGGGUUCGAACAAGCCGAGUACUCCCGCUCAGGGAGGCGGGGUGGUGUAGUCAGACGUGAGCCUGUGAAGCACGUCCACCCCAUUGUCAGAAGGCAUCCUGUCACCGGCGAGGAGGCGCUUUAUGUCAACAGGCAGUUCACUCGGUACAUCGUCGGGCUAAAAAUCGAGGAGUCCAACGCCAUCCUCAACCUCCUGUAUGACCACAUCGACCGGAGUGCCGAUGUUCAAGCACGCGUGAAGUGGGAGCCUUACACCGUCGUCCUCUGGGACAACAGAAUUACUGCUCACACUGCGAUCGUCGACUACCUCGACACCAAGCAACGCCGCCACGGUGCCCGCAUCACCCCGCAGGCGGAGCGGCCUAUCCCUGCUCUAGAAGGUCUCGAUCUGUCAGAGUGA